GGGAGGGGGCGACCCCGUGGCGGCCAUAAUGCUUUUUCCUCCCAUUUUUUAUUUACUGGGUAGCUAUCUAUAUUUAUUUAUUUCAUUUUUAUUCAAGAAAAAAUGGAGAACACGAGCCAUCAAGAUGUUGCACAGAGCGCAUGAACGAUUAAACGUCUCUUUGGAUUGUAGUAGCUAGCCAGCUAGCUAAUCAUAUAAAAACCACAAAACACACAAUAGAAAACGAGAACAAUAGCCACGUUCAUCCGUCUGCGAGUUUUUUUGUUUCAUUUUGAGCAUUUCUCCAGGAAUGAUGGUGCAUCAGCUGCUGAAACACAAGCUGUAAUAGACUCUCGAUAUUUUACGAUACAGUGUCUUUAAACCAUGUUCAGGUUUUCUCUCUCCAGGCACACGAGAACAUGCUAAGACUGCAAAAGAAACAGGACCAGAGGAAACAGUGAAUGGCAUAAAAUAACACACUGGUCUUGCGCUCAGCUAGCUUGUUAAAUACAUCCGCCUUGCUAACUCCGUUUACAGUAUGUAACAGUUAGCUAGCUCGCUAGCUACCAGCCAACAACCUCUAGCUAACAACAUGGAACUCAUGUGAACGGUACACACGGGACCCACAAUUUUUCAGCAAGGAAAGGCUACAGGAGAAAGAACAAGGAAACGACAUAUCUUCUAUCCCGACAACGCAUCCUACAGCUAGCUCGCUAGCUAAUAUCAUUUCUAAUGCGCGACCAAGGACUAUGCGACUCGGCACCAAGAGCUGAUUGGAUCAGGGAUGUCGGGCAGUAAAGCUCUGGGCGGAGCUCGGCGGCGGCGGACCCGGUGUCGCCGCUGUCAGGCCUGCAUGCGGACCGAGUGCGGCGAGUGCCACUUCUGCAAGGACAUGAAGAAGUUCGGAGGCCCCGGCAGGAUGAAGCAGUCCUGCCUGCUCCGCCAGUGCACUGCGCCCGUGCUUCCGCACACGGCCGUGUGUCUGUCCUGCGGUGAGGCGGGGAAGGAGGACACUGUGGACAGCGAGGAGGAGAAGUUCAGCCUCUCUCUCAUGGAGUGCACCAUCUGCAACGAGAUCAUUCACCCGGGCUGCCUCAAGAUGGGUAAAGCUGAGGGGAUCAUAAACGACGAAAUACCCAACUGCUGGGAGUGUCCGAAGUGUCACAAGGAAGGCAAGACCAGCAAGGACCAGGCUGACGGCUCAGGGAAGCGGCGGAUGGAUAACGGAGAGGUGGGGAGGUGGAAGCUGACGGACGACCCCCCUCCCAACAAGAAGAAGACCGUCUCCUCUGAGGACGGGGGCAGGCAGGACGGCCACAAGCGCAAGAAGGAGAAAGAGCUUCCUCAGGACAGCGGGCCCAAAAAGAAGAUGAAAGGAGGAAAAGAAAAACACUUGAAAAAGAAACAGAAAAUGAAUUCUUCGGACACUGGGGGGUUUAACUCUUCCUCGGGCUCCGGCCAGGGCUCCGGGGGGGCUGGCGGCGCCCCGUCCCAGACCAGCGCCCCCGCGGCGAGCCAGCCGGCCGACCAGCGCUCGCACCAGCGCGAGAAGCUGGAGCGCUUCAAGCGCAUGUGCCAGCUGCUGGAGCGCGUGCAGGAGUCCAGCUCCUCCAGCUCGUCCAGCUCCGAGUCCGACUCCGCCUCCGACUCGCACUCCAGCUCCGAGGCCUGCAGGAGCUCCGAGCCCGCCUCCCCGGUCCCCUACGGCGGGCGCGGCGGGGGCGCGGCGGCGGCGACGGCGGCCGCUAGCGCGCGCGAACGCAACCGCGAACGGUACCGGCGCCUGGCCGAGCUGGGCUUCAGCGCCAGCGACGACUCGGACGCCGACGGCGGCGGCGAGGAGGAGGACGGCGAGGGCGGGGCGGAGAGGCCCGGCCGGAGGGGCGACGCCCAGUCCCGCGGCCGCAAGGGGCCCGCCGCCGAGGAGGCGGAGGACAAGGAGGAGGAACGGGGGCGGAAACCCCCCCUCUCGCCCCCGCCCUCCCCUCUCUCCUCCACCCAGCCGUCGCCCUCCUCCACCCACACGCCCCUCAUCCUGCAGGACGGGGGCGGUGGCUCCGGCAAGCACAGCAACGGCUCGGAGACGCGGAACGGGCGCACCCGGGCCGGGGGGCGCGACCCGGCCGGCCCGGAGAAGAACAUGGUGGGGGGGUCCAACCACCGGCGCAGCAAAGGGGGGAGCCGCGGGAGCAAGCUGCACGGGGGCCGGCAGGCGCAGCAGCGCAGCAGCACCAACGGCGGCGGCGGCGGGGGGGGCCUGGGGCCCGCCGCCAACUCCACCACGAACUCGACCACCGAGAGCCCCACGGGCGCCGCCUCCUCGCCCCACCCGUCCCGCCUGGGCCCCCGGUCCCAGGUCCUCAAGCGCAGCCCCCCCGCCGUGCCCUCGCCCCCCCGGCCCGUGCAGAUGGAGAGGCACCUGGUGCGCCCCCCGCCGGCCUGCCCCGAGCCGCACUGCCUCCCGCUGGACUGCGGCAAGGCCCACGUCAUGCCCCGGGACGUGUGGCUCCGAGUCUUCCAGCACCUCAGCCAGAGGGAGCUGUGCGUCUGCAUGCGGGUGUGCCGGACCUGGAGCCGGUGGUGCUGUGACAAAAGAUUGUGGACUCAGAUUGACCUGAGUGGGCAGCGCUCGAUCACCCCUCCAAUGCUGAGUGGUAUAAUCCGGAGGCAGCCCAUCUCCCUAGAUCUGGGCUGUACCAACAUCUCCAAGAAGCAGCUCAUGUGGCUGAUCAAUCGUUUACAGGGUCUGCAGGAGCUGAAUGUUUCGGGGUGCCCCUGGUCCUGCGUCUCGGCGCUGUGCCAGGCGACGUGCCCCUGCCUGCGUCUCCUGGACCUCAGCAGGGUGGAGGACCUGAAGGACUCGAACCUGAGGGAGCUGCUGGCGCCCCCUGCUGACGCACGUGCAGGUCACAGCGAGAGCCGCGGAAGGUUCCAGAACGUGACGGAGCUGCGGCUGGCCGGGCUGGAGGUGACGGACGGCUCGUCCCGCCUCCUGGUGCGGUACCUGCCCCACCUGGCCAAGCUGGACCUGAGCCAGUGCUGCAACGUGACGGACCAGACGAUGCAGACGCUGACCUCGCCCAUCUCCCCGCUGCGGGACAGCCUCACCCACAUCAAUCUGGCAGGCUGUGUGAAGGUGACGGAGCAGUCCCUGCCGCUGCUCCGCCGCUGCUCCUCCCUGCAGUGUGUGGAUCUGCGCUCCUGCUGCCUGGUGGCCCCUGAAGCCUGCCAGCUGCUCCCCUUCUCCUGCCCAGAGGACAGACUGCUGCUGAAGAACAGCUAACGGCCCAGCCACACACACACACUCACGUAGCACUCAUACACACACACACACACACACACACUCUCACACACUCACGUAGCACUCAUACACACACACACACACACACACACACACACACUCUCACACACUCACGUAGCACUCAUGCACGCACGCACGCACACACACACUCACAUAUCACUCAUAUACACA